AUGACAAUCGAUUGUUUCCAGGUAAUCAGUAGAUUUAUACAUCAUUCAUCCGCUACUUUUUUUUCGGUGACAGGCUCAAGGGCCCUAUUCCACCAGAAACUAUUAUUAGUUUUAGAUUCAUCAUACAAUCCACCUCAUGAAGGCCAUUUCAAUCUAAUUAAGCAAGCUCUAUCUCACUUUAGAAAAAAUCACACAAAUUCAGACGGUGCCAUAGGUGUUCUGUUACAAUUAUCUGUGCAAAAUGUAGAUAAAUCGCCAAAGCCUGCAAGUUUUGAUAAAAGAUUAGAAAUGAUGUUAUUAAUGGCCCAAGACGUUGAAGAACAACUCAACUGUACUUGUUUUGUAUCUUUGUCUAAAUGUGGAAAAUUUAUUGACAAAUCUAAAGACAUAUUUAAAAAUUUUGAACAGCCAUCAAUAUCUAUUAAUAAUAAUGAGAAAGGUUUUAAAAUUGUUUAUCUUUUGGGUUUUGAUACACUAGUUAGAUUAUUUGAUAUCAAGUAUUAUAGUCCUUUGUCAGUUGAAGAAGCCUUGGGUAAUUUUAUGAAAAGUAAUGAAUUGUUUUGCUUGACAAGAUCCUCAUCACUUGACAAGGAUAAUGAACAAGUGAGAUGGUUAGAGAAUAACAAGAAUGUACCUUUGGAGUGGAAAAAUAAAAUAACACUGCAUCACAACUCGGACGAAAAAUUGUCAAAUAUUUCCUCAUCCAACAUAAGAGCUUUGGUACUAGAUGGUGAAAUAAAGAGUACACAAUCGCUUGUUUCCAAUAGAAUUUUCGACUAUAUAAAUAAAAAUCCAAAAUUAUUUACACAAUAA